AUGACAUCAGAGACCCCCUUAGAUGGCAACCUGUACCUAUGGUUCAGCUUUUAUGAUCCCCAAGGGAACUAUUCGUCAUCUAUACUUUCCGAAGAGGUGGAGUACUGGUUGAUCAAAGAGUUCCUAUGUAAUGAUGGAGAUGGGAUGGUUUCUGUCCGACUGAUUCAAGACUCCUUAUUGACUAGUUCCUGUCAUGGUGACACCUUUCUGCGGGAGCAAAACCGCUUGAGGAAACGACGAAGAUUAGCUUUACCGGCCGACAUGGUCGUUCUAUGGAAUUUCCCCACAUCCGACAUUACGACAGCAAAACUAUAUCCACAACAACAAGAAGAACAAGAACAAGAACAAACCAAAGAAGACGCCUCCUCCUCCGUACCGCUUGCAUAUUCGUUGUGGAACGUCAGUUUUCCAAUAUACGACUGGGGAUCCGCCAACGACCCAACGCUGGUGCAAAAGGAUAUGCAGCACUUACUGGAACAAAAGCUUUGGAACAAGGAGUUGGGGGUUCCCAUUCCAGGAAGUCACGUUUCGAUACAAGGAGACGAACAGGAAGGCUUCUCGAUUCCGAUUCUUCUUGCAACCAUGUCCCCAACAGCAACGACAGCAAUACAACCAGGCGGAAUGACACCACCACUUUUGAGUGGACCACGAAAGAUUGAACCGAGAGAAGCUCACGUGCUAAUCGUGAUUGGAGCGGUGCUGAUUGUUCUUCAGACCAUCUUUUCGUUACUACUGCAUCGAUACGGCAAGAACUUUCGAGCCUCGCAGGAGCAGCAGCAGCAGCAACAGCAAAAAGAGAGGGAAGCACUGCUCAACGAAGGACAAGGUGUCGAUCAAAUGCUACGUGCGUCCAAAGGGUUUGUGGAAAUUGACCGUCGCUUGGUCACGAUAGAACCUAGUGAACAGUUGGUCGUGUCAUCGGAACGACCAUCCACCACCAACAAGAAACCAAAUGGAGGGCGAACCGUCACCAAGAAUAAGGAGGCACACGAAAAAAACAAAUCGAAAUCGAAAACGGCUGCCAUCACCAAGGACCCGACUGACGAAAAGCAGAAGGACGUUACGAUGAAAGAACGAAGAAGGUCGUCGUCAUCCCAUCAUGUCAAGAAAAAGGAACGAGACUCAAUAUCAUCUACCAAGCAAAAGGAACGACACUCCAUAUCAUCCAUGGAACAGAAGAAAGAAGCGAAAGAUACUCAUGCCAAGAAGAAUCAUCAUCGACGACAUAGUCAUGAAGUUGGGAAAAGGAAACAGCAACGGCAUAGCCAUUCUUCUUCUUCUUCUUCCCGCCACAGAGAGAAGGGACGAAACCAGGAUACGACUCCGCUUCGAAGGAGCGAGGGAACUAUUGACGAAGCCAAGAUGUUCUUUGAAAAGCUUUCUACCUCUUCGGUGGGACCCACCACUGGUGCUAUGGCGAAGAAGAACCAACGCACCAGCCAUGCAAUCGAUGAUACACAAGCACUUUAG